AUGGUUCCAGAUUAUUUAAAAGACUGGCCACCUAAUUUUGUUAAACACUGUCUGACGACAGUGGAAAAGGUCGAGGAAAAAGACAUAACCUGUUCAAACCAUGAACAAGGCAGGUUUCUGGUCAAAAGCUUGAGAGUAAAAAAUGUAAGCUACCAAGUGCAGUUCCACAUUCCUAGCUGUACAUGCGAAUCUUGGAGGUGAUCCACCUUCCCCUGUAAGAAUUUUUUCGCGAUCUUCAAUUUCUUCCCCAAGUGGCAGUUUACCAAUUUACCCGUGUCAUAUCGAGAGAGCGUAUUCAUCACACUCGAUAACGAUGACUUGCUAAUGAAUCGACAGGCAAACAGCAUCCACACACAGUCGGUCAACUCCAGCAGAGCCAUAGAAGAGCCACAUUCUCCUAAUGAAAGUCCACCAUUUGAUCAAGAAACACCAUAUUCAACACCAACAAAAGUUCCCAUUCCAUCGGAACAACCCGAUAGUGUUGUAAAACUGAAGAAACGGUUUCAUGAACAGUUAUCCGGACUAAAGGAUGUCUCAUUUCUGGUCGAAGAUACAGAGGUUCUCCAAGAAGCAAUAACCACUCGAGAUCUUGCAAGUGCUACUUGUCAUGAGCUGAAGGCCUUUUUCUUAGAGGUAGUCCUAAAGGAAUAA